AUGUCCAUUCUGACGUACAACGGUAGCGCGAUCAUUGCCAUGGCGGGCAAGGACUGCGUUGCGAUCGGGAGCGACCUGCGGUUCGGCGUGCAGUUCCAGACGCUCGCCACAGACUGCCAGAAGGUGUACAGGAUGAACGACAAGCUCUUCCUGGGCCUCGCGGGGCUUGGAACGGACGCGCAGACGCUGUCGGAGCUCCUCAAGUUCCGCCACAACAUGUACAAGCUGCGGGAAGAGCGCGACAUGUCGCCACAAGCGUUCGCGCACAUGGUCUCCUCCGUGCUGUACGGAAGGCGCUUCGGCCCGUACUUCUGCGAGCCGGUGAUCGCGGGGCUGGACAAGGACGACAAGCCGUUCAUCACGGGCAUGGACUCGCUCGGCGCGAUGGAGACCUCGCCGGACUUCAUGUGCGCUGGCACUGCGCCCGACUCCAUGUGGGGGAUGUGCGAGUCGAUGUUCAAGAAGGACAUGGAGCCCGAGGACCUCUUCGAAACCAUCUCGCAGUGCCUCCUCACGGGCGUCGACCGGGACGCCAUGUCGGGCUGGGGCGCCGUCGUGUACGUCAUCACAAAGGACAAGGUCGUCGCGCGCACACUCCGGGGCCGCAUGGACUAG